CUCUGGCGUAUUUCCACAACCAAGAUGGCCGCCUCUGCUUCAACGGCAGGUCAUGUGCUGAGCCCAAUCUAGCCCCCUUGCCCUCACUCUCUAUGAUUACCGGGCGGAAGAGCGCUGUGGCUGCCCGAUAGCUAGCUGCGUCUAUCGAGCUCUCUGUGCUGCCAGGCUGCCCGGAUGGCGGCGGUGCGGGGUAUCCGAGUGUCGGUGAAGGCCGGAGGAGGUGGUAGCGGCCCGGAGCCCGAGCCCAUGGAAGUGGAGGAAGGGGAGGUGGAGGCCCCAGCGGGCAGCAAGUCGCCCAGGGAGGUGGUUUCGGUAAGCAGUGCAGGGCUGGGCUAGCAGGGAUCACUAGCCAUGGGCCUCCUGCAGUCCCCGGGCUAUGGAGAGACAUUGGGCUGUGUGUGUCUGGGAAUAGGACACCACUCUCAAUCAUCAAUGUGUGGCCAGACAGCCAUCCUACAGCAAGUCAUUCAUUACAUGCUGUGUAGUGGCACCAGGGAGUAUAGGAUCUCCUUGACACAUACACAACAAGUUUAUUAUCGCAGGGAGUUAUUGGGCCAUAUUUAUCAACACAAAAAGCGAUUUGGAGGAAAGUGCUAAAUCAAGGGCAAUGGCCACUGUAAACUGUAAAUCUUAUUUUUUAGCACUAUGCCCACUGGUAGCACCUCUUUGCGUUAAUAAAUACAGUUUUUGUGACCAUGACCAGGGAAAUCAAUGUACUUAUCAGCAUGUAUCAGAGGAUUUGUAUAACAGAUUUGAUUUAUAGCUCUAUAUUAACAAAAUUAUUCUUAUUGUAUUUAUAAAAAUUUUUUUGUCACUUGUAGCAUUAGUACUGUACGUCCCAUUCACACAUGCGCACUGGUGGCUAGACAACCUGUGACACUCAAUUGGUGUAUCCAACUCCCUAGCAAAGCGUCAGAGGAGAUGUAGUUCACAGGAUCUGGCGUGUCUAAGUUUUUUCCUAUCCCUGAUAUGGUGACGUGGAACAGGCAGGUGUGUUUUUAAAGCUGCACUGUCAACAUUUGGGGACCUUGUCAAAUUUGCAAAGUCCCCUAAUGGUGACAUCGCCUCUUGAGGCACGUGGCGUGUAAAGGUGAGUUUACCUACUUGAACCUGUCCAUUGUGGGUGCCUCCAUCUUGAUCUGUCGGGCUUUUCUUCAGCGCCGCGUGCAUGCGCAAGACUACAGUAUUGAAGUCUAUGGGAUAUCCCGGGGACCGGGGGAUCCUCCAUAGACACAGCCAAUUCACUGCAGUCAACUGAAGGGAUUGAAUCCUAGACUUCACCUUGUGUCAGAAAGUCAGCCGGAGGAGAAAUAAGAGACAAAGUAGUCCCUUUAAAGGGACAUACUAAGAACUGUAACCCCUGUAGCUUAUUUGAGUCUAUUGGUACAGUCCCACUAGGUUUUCUCAAACCACUUGAAAUCCUCUUAAUCUAGUACCUUCAGACAUGUGAAGGUGAUAAUAAAGAAUUUCACUUUCGACGUUAUAUGUCCAAAUAUUGAGACCGUAUGUACAUGCAUUGUGUGCUGUGACUCUCAGGGUUGUUCUUUUGCACAUUUUGGAACACUGAAUUGCAUCCUUUUUGAGCAUUGAAAUUCUUUUAACACUGUUUAUUCAUAGAGAAUCAAUAACUCAGGCUGCAGCAAUUUGCCUUGGCCUAAUCCUAGUUUAGGCUAACUGAGAGCCUGUGCAGGUAAAUAUUUGGAUGGAUAAUGAUGAAAUAAAUUUUUUCGUUAUGCUACCGUGUGCCACGGCAAGCCCUGUUUUUUUUGGUUAAGAUUCCAGAGAACGGCUUAACAAAUACAGAGGAACUGCACCCAUAACCAAACAGCAUCAUAGCCACUAUAAUAAUCCUUAGGGGUUGUGGUUCCAUGGUUUGGCUCUUUACACCAAUGGUUUCCAUAUCAUGACCCAGAAAUAGUCAAAGUUUUAUCAGUAUCUCCAUUGAACUCGAAAAGAGAAAUUGAUAAAUCUGGACUGUCGCUGGGCAAUGAGGACUGGUUUGGAAAUCACUGCUUUACACAAUCAUUUUGGGACAGAGUGCUCAAUUAACUUGAAAAUCAACAGAAUGUUUAUGCUGUUUGCUCUAUAUUUAGCAGCUUGCCUCAUACUGGAUUCUGAUGUUAAAUGUUUGUGGCUAAAAUUGAAAAAUGAAACAAUUUUAUAUAUAUAAACAUAAACCAAUGGGAUAUAACUUGUGCUCCACAUCUACCACUAUCCAUCUUUAUUUGUUUUCAUAUUUACAUCCUGUUGAAUCACAAUGCAUUUUGGGUAGAGUAAGUAUAAUCUGAUGUCUGCUGAUAUUAGAUGGAACUGGUUUAAGGGGAAACUCUGAGCACCAAAACAACUGUAGCUUAAUGAAUUGAUUUUGGUGUAUAUGGAAAAAUGGUUUAAUAUUCAUUUAGGGCUGCUUGCAGUGUAGGGGCAUAAUCUAUUCACCAAAACCACUCCAUAAAGCUAAAGGUGAUUUAAUGCUAGUAAUGAAUAGAAGCAGAUAGGAUUUGCUGAUGACUUUAUAUUUCUUCACUCUUUUUCUGUAGUAUAAAAGAGUAUAAUUUUAUUUGCAAUUGGCUAUUUAGUUUGUUUUAUCCAUGUGUAAGUGUGUUUAUACUGACCGCACAAGGGGAACCUUGACCUAUUCAUUGAUAGAUGAACUGUGGUCAGUUUUCUGCUGAGCUGGAUAAAUGUGCUGGAAAAUGACGACAUAUUGCUACAUGUGCCUUUGGAAAAAAAAUGUUUAUUACUUCUUCACUUGAUCUAUGGGUAGUCCACAUCAUUUGUUACUUACAUCUGUAAAAGAGCCAAAAUACAUUCCAUAUUGCAGUGACAUUCACAUUGAGGGGCUAAAUCAUUAAACACCAAACUGCAAAAUUGGACAAAAUGUAUCUUAAGUUUUUCAAAUUCCAAAAUAUAAUCUUUCUAAAUUGGCUACCUGUAUUGAUAAAUGGCACAAUUUAGAAUUUAUUAAAGGGACACUAUAGUCAUCAGACCAGCUACAGCUUAAUGUAGUUAUGGUGUCUAUAACAUGUCCCUGCAGGCAUUGUAAUAUAAACACUGUCUUUUCAGAGAAAUGGCAGUGUUUCCAUUACUGUCUAGGGCAGGCUUCCCCAAACUCCGGCCCUCCAGAUGUUGCUGAACUACAAGUCCCAUGAUUCUAUGAAUGAUAGAAUGAAUAGAUAGGCUGAGAAUCAUGGGAGGGCCAGAGUUUGGUAAAGCCUGGUCUAGGGGCACCUCCAGUGGCAUUCACUCAGACGGCCACUAGAGGCACAAAUGCAGAACUGAUGUUCAGCAUCUCCACUCUCUGCAUGGAGGUGCUAAUCUUUCCCCAUAGAGAUGCAUAGUGUUUUUCACUGGAUUGGCUGAGAUUGGCAAUGCUGAUUAUCUCAGCCAAGGUUGCGGAGGCAGCACCGGCAGAUCCACGCUGCUCUGGGGAAAAAAAGGUAAGUUUUGGUACUUUUUAAAGUGGCGUGGACUGGGGCCCAAUAUCAUUUAAACAUUAUAGGGUCAGGAAUACACUGUUUUGUGUUGACACUUUUUAUGUUGCUCAUCCAAGCAGGACUGACCAGACAUAGUUAGUUUAUGUGUACUGUUAUUUAUUCUAAAGGGACACUCCAAGCACCAAAACCAUUUCAUUUAAAUGGUGUUAUGGUGCUAGGAGGCCCCUGGAUGCACUCUUGCUUCAGUAGCUUAAACUGUUCUCCAACGGUAUAGCCCCAAAAUUGCCUCCAGCAGUGGUGACCGCUCACCCCAGGUGGCAUCUGGCAGUGACUUCCCAUUCACUAAACUGGCUUGGAAAAGGAACGUUUAUGGUACCUUUAUAAUGCAUAUAACAGGUCGUCUCUCUGAAAAUAACCAGUUCUGGAACUCUAAAGUAUAUUAUUAGAGGACUGCCAUGUUUUUAUAUAUUUAUUUGUAAUCUGCCAUGUGUAUGUCUACUUUGGUAAUUAUAGAAUUAGUUGAGGCUGCCUAACUCAGGAGAUAAUAUACUCGUAAACGAACUUCAGAGUGUUCUAUGCAGUAACAAAACCUCUUAUCUUCGAAUUUGCUGGGUCAGUGUUUAAGACUGAAUAUUUCCUCAAUAAGAUGAUGUAAUAAGCAGUCCAGCUGUCACACAGUGGAUUAUUUGCAGGGGGCCAACUGAGCACAUCUGGAAAAUAACCCUCCCCAGUAUCCCUUGCUGACUUGGGGUGGGGUUUUGCAUUGCUAAGCACAUAGCUUCAGAGCUGUUCAGUUUAUUUUCAGUGAGAUCCCCCUUAAUUGACUGACAGCGCAGAGUUCCAGUGAAGUAACCUGUUUUAUUCUUCUAUUUAAAUCUGUAUUUUGUGCCAGGCAGAUAAAAAAAAAAAAAAAGGUACUGACUAGCGUAUUGGUACAAAUAAGUAUACCGCUGCAACUGUGUUCAUACACAUGAUCUACAUCCUUUGUGAUCUGCACCAACAAGGUAUUCCAGGGUAGUUUACGAAACAUAUUUGGUCAUGUGCAGAAGUUGUUUCCAUGCAUUUGUCCAGCUUUUAAUGAUGGCUAGAGGUGAGAGGUAAAUAGUUAAAUUCUUAAAGGGACAUUAUAGUCACCAGUUCCACUUAAAUCCAGAGAAAAGGCAUUGUUUACAUUGCUGCCUAAGAGCACCUCUGGGAGCACUCACUCAGACUGCCAGUAGAAGUGCUUCCUUUGUCAAUGCUGCAGUGUUGAGACGCUGAAUGCUCCCCAUAGAGAUGUAUUGAUUCAAUGCAGCUCUAUGAGCAGAUGCUGAUUGGUGUUUUGCCACGCAUGCACAAUAGCUUCCUAAUGCCUUCCUAUGGGAAAGCAUUGGCUUGGCUGAGAUAAUCAAGAUUAAGAAUUUCAGGCGUGGCCAGCUGUAGCGAGAUUAGAUCUGUGAUUGAGAAAAGGUAAGUAAAGCUUCCUCUUAACUCCUUACUGAGUAGGGACUGACAGGGUGCCUUGAGUGUCAGCUGAUGCUUUUAGCCUGUCACUAACUUCCCAUUCACAAAACUGUGUGACAAAGGUGCGUGCACCUGUAAGGGGUUAAACUACUUCUAAACAGUUUAACCUCUUAAGGUAAAACAUAACUGAGGACCUCCUGGUACCAUAACAACUUAAUUGAAAUUACAUUUCUUUAAAGCAACACUGUAAGCACCAAAAGCACUUCUUAAUGCAAUCAUUUUGGUACAUAGACUUUCCCCUUGCACUCUGUGAGAAAUGGCAGGUUUUAAACUAUUGUCAAAAUCAUCUAGUAUUGGUCAGACAGUGAAGACUCAUGUGACUUAGGACCUAAUUAAAGGUGUUUUGUCGAAUUUGCUGUACAAUUAAAGAAGGGAUUAAUGACCUGAGCUUUAGGGGCUCUAGUUCUCUACUUUUUGUUUUUUUUGACAAUGUACUACAAUAUAAAAUUAGAAUUUUCCAUGUUUAAUUGAACAAAUGAAGCUAAUGUCUUUCUGCAUGUGAGUGUGUAUUUUCUUAUAUCAAGGGGUAGAAUAAGUUACUUCUGCAUGUGUAAAUCCCUGUACAUUAAAUUACCUUUGAUUUGAGCUUUUCCCACUCCAAGAAUUACCGUGACCAGUUGGGAGCUUCUUAUUCUGGUCAAUGGAGAUUGAACUUUUGGACAUGUUAAAACUAGCAUUGUAACUCUUAAAGGAACGCUUCAACGGCAGACUCUAGAGAGUCCAUUCAAGCUUUAAUAGAGGAGAUAACGGUCUAUGUGCACAUGGCAGAGUUUUUGUGACUUGCCAUUCAGUUAUAUCCAUUCUCUUUUGGAAAGCUGUUUUAGAGUUCUGGCAGAAAGCUUUGCUCGCUGCACGUUCUAAUGACAUAUACAACUGUGCUACUGGACACUUAGGAUAAUGGGACAAAAAAGUAACUGAAGCUGAGAAUAUGAACCAGCAAGAAGGAGGCAUUUUAGCGUGGAGGAGACUUGUUUAAGACGUGUUUUAUGAUAUUCUGUUAUUCUUUCUCUUUCAAAUAAUCCUUGAUUUGCUGGCAUUAAAAGCCACAUGUAGCUGCUGUGUAUCAACAGGAUGGUGAAUUUGGUUCUCAGGAGGCACAAUCACACCAUCCUGCUUCUUUCUAAGUAAAUACACUUCUCUUCUUUGGCACUGAUAGAAAGUAUUUGUUUUGUUGUUUUUGCUCUUUGCGUAUAGAGCACUGAAAGACUUUUAUGUACAGAUGUGGGUAGAUAUCUAUCCCUCCCAGACCGACAUAAUUUUGGGUCAUCUGUAUAUUUAUUUGCAGUGGUGGUAACUUUAUUUUAUUCUGUUUACAGGGCACCAGUAGUAGGCGUUAUGAAAAUAAGGCUGGGACCUUCAUCACAGGGAUUGAUGUAACAUCAAAGGUAAGCAUUCUCUUUUGAGAUAUCGUCUGUUUAUUGGCACAGAUAAGCUGAUACAUUAGACAUUAUAUGCACAGUCUGCUUGGAAGCUCCAAACAUUCUUUUAUUUUAUUGGAAUUGGAAAAAAUAUAGUUUGUGAGCUGAAUUCCAAUUCACAAAAGUCAAUAGAUGCGACUGCUAAUAUUAUUAUGCAGUUGAGAGAGGGGAUGGAUGCAUGUGCUUCUCUCAAUGGACACCUUCACAAAGUCUGAUCUCUUUUGCGAUACUUUUAAAACCACGGACCUCUCCUUUUUUACCAGGAAGCGAUUGAGAAGAAGGAACAGAGAGCGAAGCGUUUCCACUUCCGUGCAGAGGUCAAUGACAAUCAAAAGGAUGUUGUACUGGAUCGAGAAAUUAUCAGAAAAGGUAUCCAUAAAAAUUUAUUUUUCAUAGUCACAAAACAUUCACUCUGGAACUCUGUGAGAUCACUAGAAGAGACAAUUAAGGAACAUUCCAAGCACCAUAACUACUACAGCCAGCUGUAGUGGCUGUCGAGCCUGAGUUUCCUGGCAUGACCCAUUGCAGUAGUAAAACUGUCUGUAGAAGGUUUGACUUCUUAGCUAGGGUCUGCUGAGCACUGCUUCUCUCAGCCAAUGAGUUGACUUUGCAGUGCAGGACUUCGCUCAUGAGAGCUAACAGGGCUUAGGAGCUACUGAUCUUCGACUGAAGUAGUUGAGGCAGGGAGUGAUUCCUGGCAGACCCCACAUAAGAAGACAACUUACAGUAGGUGUCAAUCCUGGCACCAUACACUUAAAGACACUGUUUAUUUUGUUCAAAACAAGUAAUUUUAACCUGCUUUUUUACUUCAGAGAAAUUAAAAGUAGAUUUAUUAUUAUUUAUUUUUGUUUGUUUCAUGGCAUUCUAUGAGCUGAUCAGUUGUACAUGGUUUGCACAGCAGCCUACGGUGAUAAACCUGUACAAACCCAGGCUACUUUUUUCAUCCCCUUAAAAGCUGCAACAUAUUCUGUCAUGCACUUUUUUAUUUUUAUUAUACUAAAACCUCAUUGUAUAGGUAAGCUGUUUAAAACCAAUGCAGGUAGUCCGGUCAGGCUCACGGCUCAGGCCCAAAAAUGAGCGGGGGGCGGGCGGGUUUCCCAAAAGUUGGAAAGGAGGCUGGGCAGUUUGACAUAAUCAGAGCCUCUGCCUUAAAGUUACAUUGUAUAUCACUUUGCUUCAUUACCUACUAUGUUUUAUAUGUUCUUUUAUCAUUAAAAUGUAAAAACUAAUGGAAUGCGAAUGGUCAAGCCACCAUUGAGAGACUUGUUAAGUGUCAUUAACAACUUCUUCUUUUCUGUAACUCAAUUGAAUUCACUAUUGUGAUUUGAUUUUUGCAAAAGCCUACUUGAUGUAAUACCGCAUAUCUAUCAGUGCAAAAACAAAACCAAUACAGGUAUACAUGUCUUCACAGCCCCAGCUGUUGCUCAUAUGAGAAAGGCACUCUUUAGCCACAGAUCCCUCCCAGACCUGGAAAAAGACUGGGAGGGAGCAUGUUGAACUGAUUUGGAAAUGUCCCAGAAGGACUUAGUGUGCAUGGCACAUUGAACAACAGAAAGCUAAGAAAUCUGUCAUCUGUGCAAUUUGAAAUGUUAUGUCAUGUGAGCUGACCUACAAUUUGCACAAUUUAAUGAACAAACCACACAGUAUUGCCUGUAUAGUCAUGUUUCCUAGGCAAUGGAAAACUGUGUGUGUGUGUAAUCACCUGUGUUAGUGCUGUGGGUAAUUCAAUCCUAUGUAAAUUUCCCUGGGGAAUAGUUAGACGUUCAUUAAACAUAUUCUUUGUUCUGGAUGUGUUGCUAGGAUGAGGUACCAUAGGUGUGUCUGCUCCCUGAUGUGCUUCUUCUCAUGGUUUCAUUCAAUGCCUCUGAAUGCUAAAAGCAUGCAUUUUGAUGUAAACAUGUGUGUAUGUAUAUAUUUUUAAAUUUCAGCUGAUUAAAACCAGAAAUAUGUGUGGUUAUUUUUUUAUUUUUUUUCAGCACUUCCUAAGGUCCGUCUGGAAACCCUUUACGUCUGCGGUGUAGACGACCUGAGCACACAGGAUAUAUUUAGUUUCUUUAAACAGUAUCCUCCUGGUUUCAUUGAAUGGCUUGAUGAUUCCUCUUGUAAGUAUCUACCACUUAAUAAUAAAGGGUCAUACAUAACAUUCCAUGUUACAGUGUAAAAUAAGACUAGAAACCAGCAUAUUAGUUAUGUGAAUUUGGGACUAGGGAAUUAUGUGUGUGUCUAUGUAUGUUAUCUGUAAAUGAUUAGACUGGCUUUUUCACACCCACAGUGGCUAUGGUCCUGGAGUCCUUAGGAUACAGAAACUGCUGAUGUCUUUCCUUUAACCAUUGGCUUUUUUUUUUUUUUUGCGACUAAAGCCAUCAUGACAUCCAUCUAAGCCAUCAUACCAAGGCGUAGUGUGGCGGCCACUUGGGUAGAAACGUGGGUUUCGCCGCCAGAGAUGUCGUUUUCCCCCCUAGUAGUGAGUUAUGCUGUAGUAAUCUCAAGCAGGCUUUCCCAAUAGCGAUAAUCCAAAGCAGGUAUACUAGUGAUAUAGCAGGUAUAGCUUUCCCCCACAGAAAUUAGUCAAGACUGAAUGCUGGGGGUGAACUGGUUUAUUGGAGGCCACACAUGGCCUUUUAUGCAACAGCCCUUGCAAGGGGUUUCCAACACAACAUUACAGGGUAAUCUCCCCCAGCCCACCAUGGUUUCUCUGCACCUGAGAGAGAACUGCUUGAAAGUAAACCUCUAAAUUAAAUUAUCUCUCAGGUACAGAACAUAUCCAAUUUGUUAUACACACAACACAAUCAGGAGCCUCUUCAAAUCCUAUAUCCCUGGAUCUGAGUGCCCAACAUAUCCAAAACGCGCUCAGAUCCCACGAAUGCACCUGAAACACCACCAGGGUAAAGUUCUGACCGACCGCACACAAGAGGGGUACAAAAUCAUACAAAAUACCAAACGUAGAUGUUAGUCCGUAUGCUGAUUAUGUGUCCCUCAUUCGGGAGUAAGCUCCCACCGAACGGUGUUCCAUUCAGUUGAAUAUAACAGAAUGCAGGCGGAGAUGGAAGUUCAGCGGUGUUCGGGCGGUCAAGUGUCCGAUUUUAGUUUCAUGCAUUCGACAACCAAACACCGCUGCCUGCGUUCGCGGCUCAAGCUGCCGCCACCACCACGUGUUCGUACAUACGAACGGCGACCGCUUAGAAUGCUGCGGUUAAAAGUGUUAAUGAGAUGUUUACAUGGGUGAUGGAGGUUAACAAGCAGCACACGCAGCGUACAGGUGGUCUGGUAGUUCGUGAGUUUGUUCAGUAUUUGAACAAAACAAGAAUACAAUUUUUGGCGAACACCAUAUACCGAACAAACCGGAGAAUCGAAAAAGAGCUUAAUAAUCCAAGGACAGGGUGGUCUGUCACACGUAGUUUUUACUUUUUUUUUUUUUUUUUUUUUUAAAUUCAGGUAAUGUGGUUUGGCUCGAUGAAGUGACAUCCACACGUGCUUUGUUGAACCUUAGCUCAAUGCCAAGUGACUCAAAGACUAAAACGAAGAAGGAUGUGGAUGUGGAAGCUAGAUCAACAAAAUCCAAAAAAGGUAAUCACUUGUAUAAUUCUUUAUUCACGAUUGAUUGCAAAUUCCCAAACCUUCUCACGCACCAUGUAUUAAAAUGAAGAAAACAAUUUUAUAUGUAGGAGCCAAAACCAAGUACUAACAUGGUUUUCUAUAGAUAUACAUUGAGUCAGAAGUAAUGUAUAGCUAUGUGUGUGCUGCUAUUGGAGAUUUGUCAAACUCUGCUCUCUUAAAUAAUGGACUCUACACUCAAAAUGAGAUGAAUGCAUGGAGUGCUAAACAGUAUAUAUUUAUUUGGCUCCUCCUGCAGACAGAUUUGAUGACAGCUCUGGAGAGGAGACUGAAGAAGGGGAAGUGGAUGAAGACAAUGCCAGCGAAGCAGAGGAAGAAUCCGAGAAGAAAGCAGUGAGCACGGUGAGGUUUCCAGCAUAUAUACAUUUCUACCAAAUGCAAUGGUGAAACACACUGGUUUUGCAAGGAAGCAAGUGAUUCUGCACUCUCUGUAGAACACACAGGCAAUUUGGGAUUCCUCCCAUGACUUUCAGUAAUGCCAGUGGCUAAUUGCAAACCUGCACCUGUGGUUAUACACUUUAAAAAAAAAGAAAUUUUUUUUUUUAAAUUUAUUUACAUAUUAAACCUAUUUAUGCAAGACAAGUUGAAGAAGCUAUCCAGGUGAUAAGACCUUAAGUAGCUAAACUGACAUUGUAUUUGAAUAGGCCAGAACAUGACAUGUUAUUUAGAAGUCAAUGCAAAUUGUCAAAGGAACACUACAGUGUUAGAAAUACAACUCCUAAAACUAUAGCGUUCCUGUAUAGAAUAAAAUAAUUUUAUUUUUUGCCUCACCUUGCCCCAGUGCCAAGACUCCCUCUGUGCUGCUUAGUUCUCCUCCUCUGACAAUGUCACAGAGGUCUGCUUUUUAUCCAAUCCAGUGCUCCUCAUAGAGGAUCAUUGGAGACUGAAUUCUCAUAAAUAGCACUGUUUUACCUUUCAGGGUUAUGAAGAACAGGACCGUGCACUCAGACCACCUAUUUGAGAUGAAAUGGUCUAGGUGACUAUAGUGUUAUUUUAAGUAAAUGGAAAAAUAAGGAUAUGUACAGUAAUAUGUUACAGGUCUUCCAUUAUUAAAGCACUGUAUUCUAUUAUAUAAAAGAGCACUCAUCUUUUUAUAACAAAAAUACAUAAGCUCAGUUUAAAAAAAAACAAAAACAUUGCAUCCUGUACUAAUUGCUUGAUACUAGAAGUAAAAUAUCCCCCCUCACUUGGUUGCCUGCACAGUAUUCCAUGCGAUUAGUUUACAGAAAUGUAUUAAUAAACUCAGUUUAUCUAUGAUGCCUUUUCUGCAAUAUCUAUAAUCAUCUGAUGUUUACUUUUGCAUCCUAUAAUGCAGUGUUUAUCUCACAUUAUGUAGGUGGCGUUUGCCAUGUAGCUCCUUUCAAAGCAGCACUUUUUCACAGAUCUGCUCUUAAAGUUUAAAUUAAGAAUUAUUUUGGCUGUUCUUAGACUUUUUAUUCGAGAAGCUGGCAUUCUAUUUUUCUCUAGCUGGAUACACUUUCACAGGCAGAAGAGACCUCUUUACUACAAAAUGACCUCCGACCUUCGGUCAAGUUAUUUAAAGGAAAUAAAAUCUACAUGCGUUUUGCAACUGAAGGUAAAAAUCCUGUUUGCUAUGACCUUCGAAUAGUAUAGUAAUGGCUAAUCGUCGCUCACACCCAAUGUUUGUCUGGUACAUUUUCAUUGAUGCUCAGUCGGAUUAAAGUCUCUAGGAAGGAGUUCCUUUGAAUCUGUAGCUGUGUUAAUAGUUUUGUUGCUUAGAUGAAAUCUAAUAUAUAUACACCUUUUUAUUCUACAGAUUUCAGUAAAUGUUCUCGGAGUAUGCAUCCUACCCAGCCUGAAAGAAAGCUAUAUUUUUCAAGCUAAAAAUGCAGAUUUAUUUACACACCAUGUAACCUAGCCAAACAUUGCAUACUUUAUGAAGAAGUAACAAACUCUGCUUUGAAAUUUCAUAUUUAAAAAUCGGUCUUCCGUGCUUCUUUAGGGAGUUUGUCAACUACAAAGAAUAGUUCUUGACUUCUUGGUUUUUGGUCUUUUGCCUUCACAUUGAUGUAAAAAUCCAGACUUUAAACUUUUUAAUGUGUUGCUUGGCAUCUAUAAUAGCAAGGUUUAUUCUUAUGGAGGGCGUCUGUUCUCUCUGCCUCCUGUCUCCUCCUCCUCCAUACAGUCCAGAAGGUGUAAUUUGACAACUAUUGAUAGGAUGAGAGUGUCAAUGGCCGCCAUUGGGAGUCAAAGUAGCUGCAGUGGGCAAACCUUCCUGGACAUUAUGGCAGCUGGAGGACGGACAGAAGGCAGAGCUAUUGAGUGCCGGGGAGCAAUUUAAACUGUUCGCAACCGGUGUAACCCACUGCAGAAACGACAGAUCUCAGGCUGUUUUGUCAACAUCAAUAAAAUUCCAGUUGUUCAGUAAAUUUAUACGAGUUUUUGUGCUUAUUCUCAAUCGAGCUAUUACAAAAAUAUCUGCCUUUUUUGUUUUUAUUAUUUUGUUCUUCAGAUGACAAGAAAGAGCUGGGAGCCGCACGAAGGAGCCAAUAUUAUAUGAAGUAUGGAAACCCCAACUAUGGUGGUAUGAAAGGAAUCCUUAGCAACUCCUGGUCAGUAUAAUUAUUAGAAGCAUGGCAACGUGUAUUUUAUUUUCACUUGCUUACUAUUCAUGCUUAGAUACCCAGUAACACAUUUUCCAAGAGUUUUGAAAAGUAUCUGUAAUUACUGUAGCAUAGGUCUUCGGAUAAUUUGAAGACCUUAAUGUGUAGCACAGACAUUUCAGCAUAAAUUGCUCAGAAGAGUUUGCUUGAACAGUCUAUAAGAAUUGCUAAGAAACAGACAAGUAUUGUCAAUGGCAACAGACAGGAUGUAUUAGAUGUUGAAUUCUAUUUAGUUGACAAAGUCAUAAUUUGAAAUGUUUGCGUGUAACCUAGUAACAUAAGCUCUGUACGUGUGGUUCCCAUAUUGUCAUUUUGUGGGUUGAGUUGCUGGUGGCAGAGCUGCAGAUAUUUUCUAAAUUCAUGGUCAGGUGUCUGUUUACAGUGUGCCACGAGUUGUGGUUUAUGUAUUCAAAAAGCAAGUAAAAGUAGUAGCCUGAUUUUCAAGAGCAGUACAUUGAGGGUGAGUAAGAAUUUUCAGUACAACAUUUAAAGCUAAUGAAUGCAUUGGUGAGUCUGACAUAGACACAUAUGGAAUACCAGAGGCUAGACAGAAUGAACAGUGGGUACGUGAUAGACUAUCCAUUGAGAAGAGUAGACCUGUAUGGUUGUAGUGUUAGAGUCUGAUAGGCAAAAGUAGCGGAAUAAAAUGUAAAAACAAUGUAGUGGAAGUUUGAGAUUGUGGCUUUAUGAACCAAGGGAGAUUUCGGUUGCAAUGGAGAAUAAAGGGGCUCAUUAGCUGAUCUUAUUUAUUAAGCAGCAGGAUGCAAUCCAGGAAGAAAUCUUUUACAGUAACUAAAGCAUGAGAUUAUUCAGGGGUGGAUGAGUCUUUCAUGAGCACACCUAUCUUAUUGAAAUACAAAAAAAAUAAUUAAUUUGACAAGCAAGAUCAAGCAUGUCAAACUCAAAGUCUAGCAAGGGCCAAAUAAACAAGGUUUACGUUUAUGUGGGCUGCAAAAAAAAAACCCAAAACUUACAUUUUCAUAGAAACAUAGAUUUAUUUUGAAAAGUACAGUAUAAAAAAAAAAGCAUCCCCCUUUACUAAACCACAGCACCCCCCAUAUACUAAAUCCCAGUCCCCCUCUCUACUAAAUCCCAGCACCCCCCUCCAGCUAACAAGCAGACUCCACUCACAAUGCCACUGCCAGUAUGCGACUCCGGAGCCUGAGCUCUGGUAUAUCCCAAAUGGCGCUGUCCGCACCAUGUGCCAAAGCAGGUCCUCCCGCUACUUCUGGACACCCUGUGAAGGUGGAGCACGUCGACGUCAUGCUGGAAUGUGACCUGGCGUUGCGUGCCUCCGUGCACCUCCAGGUCCUCCAUUGUCCAGUUGCGGCCAUUGCAACACUGACCGCCACAAACACACACAUUCACUGAAACACAGAGACACACACUUACACAUUCUUGCACACGCUCACAUUAUUGUAAUUAUUACUGGUGUACAGUGGAGAUCUUCUGUCUGGAGCUCAGCCUUCCAGCCCCCUCGCGUGCAGUUUAAUGAUGCUGAGCGACGGAAUAUGAUGUCAUAUGCGGGCGCCCGGCAUCACUACUGGCGGCUUGUGCGAGAACAGUGAGGAAGUAGGAACACUGAGCUCCCUCACUGCAUCCACUGUCUCCUCCUCCCCAGUGUGGGGAAAGCAGGUGCCUACUCGGCUUGGAACACUAGGCAAUUAGGCAUGUACUCGCUGCUUGCCGGGAUGCUAAGCCGCGAGUUUGACAUGCUUUGUGUAGAUGGAAGAUCAUGUAGAUAAUGUUGACAUACUAAAUCAAUAAGUAGGUUAAAAAAACAUUUUAAAAUUUUUUUUUAUUAAGUUUGCAUGGGUCUAUGUUUACAUUUUCCAAGUGGAAAACUAAAUGCCCAUGGUCUGUUCCUUUUGAUUUUUGAAGAAAAUGUUCUAGGUAAGAUAAGACUUUGUUUAUCCAUUCAAGGAAGUGCAGUAUGGUUUGUAGUUUAUCCUGGAUUGAGCUUUCAAAAGAUCAAACUUUGUAAUGUUGGUGUAAAAAAUUGCAGGAAGCGGAGGUAUCAUUCCCGUCGCAUACAGCGAGAUGUAAUAAAGAAAAGAACGUUUAUUGGAGAUGAUGAAGUUGGGGUGGCUCCAGCAUACAAGCACCUUCAUUCAGGUAAAGCUAUUUAAAAAAAUAAAAUUGAUUUAUAGUUUUUGUAUGUUUUUUUUAUGUUUUCUUUUCUAGUUUUCUUUUCCUUGUGCGUGGAGGAUGCGGUUACAGAUUCCAUUUCUUUUCCAAACUUCCGUUAAUUUUGUCCCAUAAAACAAUGUUUCUUUAAUUUCAUAAUUAUACAAAUGAAAUUUAAUCUAGACUACGUGUUUGUACAUAUAACACCACUCAGAUUAAAUUUAAUCUGUCUCUUUGUCUUUUAUUGCUGAUUGAGUACUGUUCCAACUACUCUGCAUUAAAUUUCUUCUAGGUCUUGUGAAUGUGCCAGAGGAGCCUAUAGAAGAGGAAGAAGAAGAGGAGGAGGAAGAAGAUGAAGAUAUGGAUGAAGAUGAUCGUGUUGUAGUAGAAUAUAGAGAUGAGCUCCAAGCGUUCAAAAGGGAGAGGGAAGGAGCACGUCGCUCAGCAGCCAGCAAUUCAGAUUCCGAUGAGAUGGACUAUGACCUGGAGUUAAAGAUGAUCUCCACACCUUCACCCAAAAAGAGCAUGAAGAUGACCAUGUAUGCAGAUGAAGUAGAGUCACAACUAAAAAAUAUCAGGUAGAAAAAAUAUUUAGAAAGUUGUUAUAUUUAUCUUUUGAAUGUUUUGCCUGCUAUAAGCCUACCCACCAAGUGGCCUUUCUUUAACCCGCCCUUGCCUUUCAAAUUCUCUUCUCUUCACUCAGUGGCAAAUGAGAUCCUUUCUACUUUAUAUUAUGCUAACGGGACAAUUUAAAUCUGUUUUCCUUCUACAGAAACUCCAUGAGAUCAGAAGGAAACAGCAGUGUGAAAAACCGCAUUGGAAGCAAAUCCCAUUCUGAGAAACCAACCGAUGUACGACUACUACUGGAAGAGAAGAGGCUAGGUUCAACAAGCAGGCUGCCAAGCAGUGGAACAAAAUCAGGUAAAUUGUAGGGAUCGACCGAUAUUGAUUUUUUUUUAGAGCUAUACCGAUAUUCUGUGAACUUUCAGGCCGAUAGCCGAUAUAAUUUGCCGAUAUUCUGUACAUUUACCAUUUUGGAAAAUAAAAACUUUCUAAAGGUAAAUGCACAAAAUAUACAUGCCACGUGUAGUGGAUGCAGUGUGUUUAGACAGGGGAGCUGUAUGUGUUUGUGUAGUGGAUGCAGUGUGUUUGUGUAGUGGAUGCAGUGUGUGUGUGUGUUUGUGUAGUGGAUGCAGUGUGUGUUUGUGUAGUGUGUGUGCAGUGUGUAUUUGUCUAGUGUGUAGUGGAUGCUGUGUGUAUUAUACAUAUAUAUUAUAUUAUCAUAUGAUUAAAAGGAAUAACAUCUCAGGCUUCUAGUUGUUGAAAAUGGAAUGAACUUGGGAGAAAAACACACAAGGUAACAAACUGGAGGUAGUGGCAUGUUCCAUAUAGAAGUAGUCAAGUACUCUUCCCAAUUAUUGCAGUCCUGUGCUGGGGACUGAACAACCAAAUAUCUUUUUACAGAGCGUUGUGAGCACAGGGAACAUAAAAUAACAUUCUAAACUCUUACUCAUACCCUUUAAUCCAGCCACAAGAUAGAUUCACUGCAGUCUGAUCAUGAGAUUAUCAAGUUUGAUGAUCUGUGUUGAACCUGAUGCUUAUUCUGUGUUGAACCUGAUUCUCAUUGACACAUGGCACAAUUGCUAUUCUCAAAGCCAAUGCUUCUCAUAGAGCAGCAGUGGAUGCACAGCCAAUGUCUGUUUCAACCAAAAGCCCUUGGUUGCUGUAUGCUUCUCAGAAACCUCACUCCUUUCAUUUUCUAGAAUGUAGGUGCAGCGUCUGUAUUAAAAUCACUCCAUAAACAAGGUGGUUUUGGUGCUUAUACUGUAUAAUUUACAAAUUACAUUAUAGAAGAUCUAAAAAAUCACUUUACAAUAAUGUCCUGUUAUAAAGGGUUCGAAGUCUGCAGGUUUUUCUCAAGUCUUUUGUGAGAGUUACCCAUCUUAUCUCCCACAAGAUUCAGGGGGGCAGUUCUUCAUGCUGGCACUAGGUGGCCUCUUCAUAGCUCUGUGCAGGUUAAUGAUGCUAUGUAAGAUAAGAAGAAACAAAUCCUAUCUAUUCACAAAGCGUAUAGUGAUUCACAGCCUGGAGAGGUGUGACUAGGGCUGCAGAAAUAGUCAUUUAACUCCUACACUAAGCAAUGAGACUGCAGAGGCAUGAUCUAUGCACCAAACCGCUUCAUUAAACUCAAGUGGUUUUAGUGCUUUGACUGACUCUUUAAGCUAAUACAUUGUUUUUCAUAAGCUGCAGGUGCUCUAUAAAAAAAGUGGCAUUAAAAUAAAUUGUACGUGUACUAUAAUCAUCAUCUGCCCAUGCAUUGCACUGUUACAAUGACUUUGUUUUUCUGAUGCUAUUUGUGUGCAUAACAAUAAUGUGAGCUUGACAUAUUGAAAACAGUGUUUAUAAAAGUCACAUCAGUAGUAGUGUCAGUAAUGUCUUGCUAAGGUAGAUACAGAAAUAACCCAACUUCUAUAUCCUGUUCAUAUGCCUUAACUCAUUGUGAUAUUGGAUUUUAAGUUGCCUGGCUUUUGUAUUUGUUUUUUUGUUUGGACUAACUGUGUCAUUUUAUUUUGUUCAUUAGAUGUGAGGCAGCGGCUUGGUAAAAGAGCACAUUCCCCUGACCCUCGUAAACCAGUGUGCAUAGUGCCUGCCCCCCGCAGAGAGCCAGUGUCUGAUGUCCAUAGCCGGCUUGGAAUCCCAAAACAAGUGGAGGGGAAAGGAUUGUAUUCUGACAGCAAGGAGAAAAAAACAGGUUUGCUUUUUUCCUGUGUUUGAGAGAAUAUUAAAGCGGCACUUCAUGUCUUGUAUAUCUUUGUAUCAUUAUGUUACUCCCUUUUUAAUUACCUUUUAUUCUCCCAUCCCCCAACCCAAACCUUAUCCAUUGGUGUUCAAGCAGUGAAAAGUGCAUGUUACUACUCACUGUCGCUUCUCCUUAUUGCCCUCCGCAUGUUCAGUGUAAGGAAGUUAACUCCUCAACUCCUACUAGUGGCAGUCACUGGAACAGCAUUUUAAAAGAAAAACUAUUUGACAAAGAAAAUCGCUGUUCGCCAAUAGUCUUGACAAAAUUGCUUUACCGGUAUAUUAUAUGCACCUGAAACAGCCACAAGCUGGACUUCCUGGGUUCAGACCUACAAACACUGUAAGAACCGAUGUUUAGUGUCUCCUAUGCAUGGAGACACUAAACACUCCCCAUAGAGAUGCACUGUCUCAUUGAUUGGCGCAGGACGGCGAUUAUCUCGCUGUGCAUGGUGACAUCAAACACGAAGCCCUUUGAAAAUCAAUGGUUUUCAGUCUGGAAGCACCUCCUUAUGGCUGCCAGUCUGACAGCCACUAAAGCUUAGACCAUGGGUCGUCAACCUCGUCCCUACCGCCCACUAGUGGGCGUUUUGUGAUUCCAGGUGGGCGGUAGGGACUUUGGAGGUUAAAACCUCCUUUUGAGCGAGCGAGCGCGCGCGCACACAUCAAGAAACCGUGGGCGGUCGGCGCAGGCGGGCACGAGUACACACAUCAAUCAACCUCCUUUUGUGUGAGAAGUUGUCUGGCGGGUGCGAGCGGACGCAAACACGUGGGAAGAGGAAGGGGAGGAGUGGAAACUGACAGGCAGGGACAGGCAGAAGCAGGCAGAAACGGAGCAGAGGAGUUGCAAAAGAAAAGUUAUAGGCAGGAGAAAGAGAAUUGUUGGCUAAUAAUAAUAAGUGGGCUAACUAGCUCAGCCUUACUUUUGUCGCUCAGGAAGGUAAAAGAAAGGAGAUAAAAAGGAAAAGAUAAAAAAAAAAUAACAAAAAAAGGAAGAAAAAUAGAGAAAAGGGGAUAAAAUAAAGGAGGAGAGUAAGCAGUGUUUAGUCUGGCUCAUAAAUUAAGUUUUGUUAUCGUAUAAAAUAAAAGAAAAAAAUAAGUAAGGGAAGGAGAAAAUAAAAAAAAAAAAAAAAAGGGAAAAAAAAUCCUUAAUAUAGUGAUAUACUAUAAGGAAGGUAAAGAAGCAGGCAGGAAAAGGAAUUUCUUUUGAUGGUGACAUUAAUAAAAUUUGGCACCUAAUACAGCAUUGUUUUUGGUGUUAGUAAUAAAAGGGAAAAGAGGAGGGAAAAAAGCACUGUGUGGAGUGCAGAUCAAAACGUAAGAGUAAAAGUAGUAAUUACUUUUGGAAUUUUGGCAGUGGUGGAUACCAAAAACUCUGGCAAAAAAAAAAAAAAAUGCCUGCGUUAUAUCCAAAUAUGUGGAAAAUAAUGUUCAAUUUAUUGAUACCUUUCCCUACCACAUAUCUUGUAGAAUCAGGCUUUAGUGCUGUUAAUCAUAUUAUGAAAAAACAGAGAAACCAUCUGAAUAUCACCGAAAGAGGAGACCUUCGUUUGUUACUUACGAAAAUCGAACCAGAUCUCAAAUAUUUAGUCUCGCAGCAUCAGCCUCAAGGAUCUAAUUUCUAAUUAAACUUUAUAAAGUAAAAAAUAUUAUAAACAUGCAUAAAGUAGAAAUAAAAAGAUAAAUGUACGUACGUUUAUUUUUUUUAAAACACCCUACUUUCUAAAAAAUAUUCUGCGCUUGCGCGAAAACUGGUGGGCGGUAAGGAAAUUUUUCCAUCAAGAAAGAUGCAUUAGUGGGCGGUAGGUAGAAAAAGGUUGAAUACCACUGGCUUAGAUAAAUGUAAACAUAACCAUUUCUCUCAUUACAAAUAUCAUCUGUGAAGAAUGCUGUUGCUGGAAAAAGAUCUUCCAAACACCAGGCAUUGCCACCAUAAAAAUGGUUUGAAAGCACAGGGCAAAAAAUCUAAUUCUUCUCAAUAAAACCCUUUUCAACUGUAUUUACUGUGGUCUUUGCAAGAUACCUAGUGGAAAAAAUAUACACUACAUAAAAAAACCCUCUAUUGGUUCAAUAAAGUGAAUGUCCUUCUAAGUUUGUGUUUCUCGCCAUGUUUUAUUAUUCAUCCUUUUUAUUCUUCAUUAGGGGGUUUGUGGAAUCGCUUGGGAACUGCACCAAAAGAGAAGGAAAAGCCUACUGAGAAGACAGAAAAUGUGACUCGUGCUACAGAAGAGGAUGAUUCUGUACUGCAGCAAGCUUGGGGUGCCAUGAUUAAGGAGAAAGAGCAAAUCAGGCAGAAAAAGAGCCGUCUGGACAGCUUGCCUUCCUUACAGAUUGAAAUCAGUCGGGAGAGCAGUUCUGGCUCAGACACGGACUCCUGAUGACUUAAGACUUCCAACACAUGGGACUAUAGCUUCAAUAGCAUGGCAGCAACUUGAAAACAUGCAGCCUCUGCCUUUCAGAAAACAAUUAUUAUUUUAUACUGCUUAGACACAAGUAGUUGCAGCAGUGUUCUCAACAUGCCUCUACAAAAAUCCAUACGCUGGGAUUACCAGUGAUUAAACAAAUUGUAUUGGUUUAUUACUAAGUGUUUGCAUUUUUAUUACGUUCGGUUUCUUUUGUGCAGUAGAUGCCAUUUCCAGCCUUAAAAUGACUCUGCAGUCCCCUAAAGUACUCGAGCUUGCUGAAGAGUUUUAGGGGUUAACUGCAUAUCCUCUAUCUGAUUUUAUAGAAGAGUGGAUUCUAAGAGAAAUCUAUACUUUGAAUAUAUUAACAAUUGGUGUGGAAUAUGUGGCGCUG